AUGAUGAAAGUGCAGACAGAGACAGCUAGCCAAACCAUCGACGGCCAUCUGGAGGAGGAGCACAUCCAGCGUGGGAAGAGGAAGAGGGUGGCUUCAUUGCUGGAUGUCAGUGAGGAGAGUGAUGACAGUGACAUCUUGUUGUGGAAGGUGGGCAGGAAACACCUGAGGAGAGUAGUGAAGGGUGUGGGGUGGCCAAAGGUCCAGGAGUCUAACAAGGAAUUCUGCCCAAGCAAUGAGGAAAAAGAGGAAGAGGAGGAGGAUUUUGAAUAUGGUGAAGAUGGGGAUGAUUACAUUAUUGAUGACUUUGUAGUGCAAGCGGGUGAUGAAGAGGAUAAAGGCCAACAAGGAGAAACAUUGACUACUUCACAACUGAAAUUAGUGAAGCAGAAUUCUCUCUAUUCUUUUAGCGGCCAGUAUACCCAUUUCGAACGUGUUGUGAAGACCCUUCUGAUCAGAGGGCUAGAUGAGUCUUCUGGGAACAUUGUACAAUAUGACACCAGACAAAAAUCCUACACACAAUAUAUAUUGAUGUUGCUUCAUUAUUUGAACAACUGCCUCUUUCAGCCUUGCCUGGAGAGCUUAGCUUCUAGAAGUCGCUGGAAAGAACAGUAUAAGGAGCAGGUGGAGAACCACUCUCAUGCCACCAUCUGACCAAGGAAACCAGUGACCUGCAGCUGCCAGGCAUAUGGGUUUGACACCUGCCACUAUUUGGUGCAUUUGUCUGGGGAGCUUUCAGACACCAAGACCAUGAAGACUGACAACUUCAUGUUUCAAGACAGGCAGGCAUUCACUGUUGGCAGGCUCUGUGCUAACCGCACCUGAAUUUACCACACCUUGAGGCUGAAACACUUCAAGUUCAAGCUGUACCAGAAAUGUUGCUCCAGGGCAAAGACGGAGGAGGUGGUGACUGAGUAGGUCAAAGAAACAGAAACACUGGAGAAAAUUUUCAGUCAGCUCAAAGAGAGCAGCUGGAUCAAGGAGAAAUACAGCCAAUUUCAAGACUACUUUAACGCUGCAGAUUAUUUUCAAGAGGAGAAGUCUGAAUUGUGA